AACGCCACCUGCUGGAGGGAGACCGAUUUCCCGCCGAGUUUGGCCUCUUUCAUCCUCUCUGCCGAAACGGAACCAAGCCUGCGCUGCAGCCUAACCAGUUUGAACGUAGCCUGUCCUACACAACUGAAAUGCAAAUAUUUUAUGCACCGGUAUGUCUUAAUUCAAUGUGCAAAUGAGAAUGUACGAAUAGUGAUAUUGAACUGAAAGUGUAUAGAGAUAGGCAACUUUGGAGAGUGUAGGCCUAUAUUAUUGAGAGCGCACAACUCGACCUGUUGCGCACAGCGUAAACAUGGGUAACGAAGUGUAUUAUUAGACUCGCUGAGGAAGGCCACCUGAGUUCCAAAUUUGGGAAAAUGUCAAACCCCCUUAACUUUUAGUCAAUAUUUAGAGAGCGUCGUUGCAUAUUAACUGGGCUGGCAAAGUCUGUGCAACAUCUGUUGGUGUCGGCUAACCUACCAUUUGACCACCGUACUUUGUCAAGCCACCCGCGUCUGCAGCCAAAAUACAGCCGUUCAAUUUGACACAAUGUUCGGUGUCAGAACUCUCCGAACUGUAGGUUCAGCAGUGUGUAGACGUGGUGCCGCUCUGCUGUGGAAGCCAACUAAGAACCAGAGCAGAACACAAAGCGCGGCGGCCGGACAGAAAGUGGACAUCGGGGGGAUCUACCCGCCCAUAGCAACGCCGUUCACUCAGAAAGAGGACGUGGACUAUCAGAAACUGGAUGAAAACUUGCAGAAGUAUGCAAAGAUUCCUUUCAAAGGUAAUGACAAUUGACAAAGUAUUUUCUGCAAUGACAGACUGGUUGAUCCUGGUUCAAGUUUUUGGACUGACUUCUUUGCAAAUGGAAAUGAAUUAUGCAAAUUAAGACAACAUGAUCAGAAGAUCAUACAUUUAAUUAUUUUGUAUGCAUAUUAGACCAUGUAGCCUAAAGAUCUUGCAAUUGCCAAUGAAAGUGUCCUAACAGUAGCCUAAUUGUGACAGUUAAACCUAUAUAUUGUGUUGAGGAGGUAGUGUCGGUGGCCUCGUGUUUGUCAUAUAGACUUGUCAGCCAGUUCAUUUGGUUUGGGGCCAGGCCCAGGGGCAAGGUCUGUCUCAAGCGCAGCGGUGCACGUUUGCAGGCAAGGUACAGUAGAUUGAUAUAGUCCCCAGUGGAGGGUGUUUGGUGACCUCUGGCGGAUUCCCACGGUCAUCUGUCGCGUUUUCCUGGAGACUGACGUUUCAGGGCGAGGUGCUGUUCUUUCCCGACUUUAUUGGUGCAAACAUAAUGAUGAUGAAGAUGAUGUUCUGUGUUCCAGGUCUGGUGGUGCAAGGCUCUAAUGUAGAGUACCCGUACCUGACAGUGAUGAUGAUGAUGAAGAUGAUGUUCUGUGUUCCAGGUCUGGUGGUGUAGGGCUCUAAUGGAGAGUACCCGUACCUGACAGUGAUGAUGAUGAGAUGUUCUGUGUUCCAGGUCUGGUGGUGCAAGGCUCUAAUGGAGAGUACCCGUACCUGACAGUGAUGAUGAUGAUGAUGAUGAAGAUGUUGUUCUGUGUUCCAGGUCUGGUGGUGCAGGGCUCUAAUGGAGACUACCCGUACCUGACAGUGAUGAUGAUGAGAUGAUGUUCUGUGUUCCAGGUCUGGUGGUGCAGGGUUCCAAUGGAGACUACCCGUACCUGACAGUGAUGAUGAUGAUGAUGAUGAUGAUGAUGAAGAUGUUGUUCUGUGUUCCAGGUCUGGUGGUGCAGGGCUCUAAUGGAGACUACCCGUACCUGACAGUGAUGAUGAUGAUGAUGAUGAAGAUGUUGUUCUGUGUUCCAGGUCUGAUGGUGCAGGGCUCUAAUGGAGACUACCCGUACCUGACAGUGAUGAUGAUGAAGAUGUUGUUCUGUGUUCCAGGUCUGAUGGUGCAGGGCUCUAAUGGAGACUACCCGUACCUGACAGUGAUGAUGAUGAUGAUGAAGAUGUUGUUCUGUGUUCCAGGUCUGGUGGUGCAGGGCUCUAAUGGAGACUACCCGUACCUGACAGUGAUGAUGAUGAUGAUGAUGAUGAUGAAGAUGUUGUUCUGUGUUCCAGGUCUGGUGGUGCAAGGCUCUAAUGAAGAGUACCCGUACCUGACAGUGAUGAUGAUAAAGAUGUUGUUCUGUGUUCCAGGUCUGGUGGUGCAGGGCUCUAAUGGAGAGUACCCCUACCUGACGGAUGAGGAGCGGGUAGAGGUGGUGAGGAGGGUCAGACUGGCCCUGCCCACAGACAAACUGGUCAUGGCAGGGUCCGGAUGUGAAUGUAAGGCCCUGUGUGUGUAUCAGUGUGACAGAGACCAUUUGACUCUCAUUAAUGUAACUGACCGAUGACCACAUAUAGAAACCAUUAGAAAAAUGGCUACCGUAUUUUACAGCAAAAAUCUGUUAAUGUGCCAAGUGUGAAUACUGUAAUUUUUACUAUUUCAGGAGACACUUUACAUCUCAGCCCAGCUAUAGAGUUUUAAUAUCAUGCGGUUUUAUUGGCUGAUAAUGGUUGUCUAAUAAAUAAUAAUAAUAUGCCAUUUAGCAGACGCUUUUAUCCAAAGCGACUUACAGUCAUGCGUGCAUAAUUAUUUUUUUUUUGUGUAUGGGUGGUCCCGGGGAUCGAACCCACUACCUUGGCGUUACAAGCGCCGUGCUCUACCAGCUGAGCUACAGAGGACUCAAUAACACAAUCUUUUAUUGGGCUGAAUAGUAAUUCCUACCACAUCAUGCCCCUGUAAUGCCCCAGUGUUAACUACUGAAUAAGGAUGGCUACUUUCCUAUAUUUGAUAGGUUACAACAUUACAUUAACAUGGUGCACAUAGCCUACCUAGAGAUGUUACAACACUGUACAUAGCCAAUAAUAUGUCUAUAUUCUUUUAAAACUUUUGUGAGCGUAAUGUUUCCCUUGUUUAUUAUCUAUUUCAUUUCCUUUGGUAAAUAUGUUUCCCAUGCCAGUAAAGCCCUUUGAAUUGAAUUGAAUAGUGUUGUAAACAUGGAUUUAAAUAAAUCCAUCUCUCCCUUCCUUUCUCUCCCACCUCUCUCUUUCUCCUUCUGUCCCUCACUCCUUCUGAUCCUAUCUCUCUCCCCUCUCCCCCUCUCUCCCCCCUCAGCUACCAAAGCUACAGUCGUGAUGACAGAGAGGAUGUCGCGGGCAGGGGCAGACCUGGUUCUCGUGGUAACGCCAUGCUUCUACAAGGGCAAGAUGGACAACAGAGCACUGGUUCACCACUUCACACAGGUCAGUUCAUCUUCUACUACAUCUUCUACUACUUCUUAUUCUAGUACUUCUAGUACUUCUACUACUACUACUUAUUCUAUGUCUUCUAGUACUUCUUCUACUACUACUUCUUCUACUUCUUCUAGUACUUCUACUACUACUUCUUCUUCUUCUUCUACUCCUUCUUCUAGUACUUCUACUACUACUUCUUCUUCUUCUUCUACUCCUUCUUCUAGUACUUCAUCUUCUACUACAUCUUCUACUACUACUUCUUCUACUUCUUCUAGUACUUCUACUACUACUACUUCUUCUACGUCUUCUACUCCUUCUUCUAGUACUUCUUCUACUACUACUUCUACUUCUUCUACUUCUUUUUCUUCUUCUUGUCUUCACACAGAACAGCUAUCCUCUCUAUGACAAUCACUGACCUAGAGAGGCUUUACAGAGACUUUAUCAUUAUUACACUAAAUGAUUGUUUUAUUACAACAAUUUAUUAUUAUUAUUUUAACAUUGACAGAUUUCAUGAUUGAUUGACCAGAAUCACAGAACAGUCUGGUUUGGGUGUGUGCCUCCUGGUACUCGACAUGAUUAGUUAAUAUAAUAAUAUAUAAUAUAAACAAUUUGCAUAUGUCAUAAUAUAUACCAUAUGUCAUAAUAUAUACCAUAUGUCAUAGUAUAUACCAUAUGUCAUAUUAUAUACCAUAUGUCAUAGUGGUAUAUAGUCCCCUGUAGCUCAGUUGGUAGAGCAUGGCGCUUGCAACGCCAGGGUUGUGGGUUCGUUUCCCACGGGGGGCCAGUAUGAAAAUAUAUGCACUCCCUAACUGUAAGUCGCUCUGGAUAAGAGCGUCUGCUAAAUGACUAAAAUGUAAAAAAAUAUAUAUACCAUAUGUCAUAAUAUAUACCAUAUGUCAUAAUAUAUACCAUAUGUCAUAAUAUAUACCAUAUGUCAUAAUAUAUACCAUAUGUCAUAGUAUAUACCAUAUGUCAUAUUAUAUACCAUAUGUCAUAUUAUAUACCGUAUGUCAUAGUAUAUAACAUAUGUCAUAAUAUGUACCAUAUGUCAUAAUAUAUACCAUAUGUCAUAUUAUAUACUAUAUGUCAUAGUAUAUACCAUAUGUCAUAGUAUAUACCAUAUGUCAUAGUAUAUACCAUAUGUCAUAAUAUAUACCAUAUGUCAUAAUAUAUACCAUAUGUCAUAUUAUAUACUAUAUGUCAUAGUAUAUACCAUAUGUCAUAGUAUAUACCAUAUGUCAUAGUAUAUACCAUAUGUCAUAAUAUAUACCAUAUGUCAUAAUAUAUACCAUAUGUCAUAGUAUAUACCAUAUGUCAUAGUAUAUACCAUAUGUCAUAGUAUAUACCAUAUGUCAUAAUAUAUACCAUAUGUCAUAAUAUAUACCAUAUGUCAUAAUAUAUACCAUAUGUCAUAGUUCAAUUCUGUUCUGUUCUGAACCCUGUCUGGACCAUAGAAAUUGAAUGCAAUAGAAACAUAAUUAUUCAAAUUCUAUGGCCUGGACCCGGGGGUGGGUGUGGUCCUGGUGUUGUCUCUCUGUCUCCCUCUGCAGGUGGCAGACAGUAGUCCAGUACCAGUAGUUCUAUACAGUGUCCCGGCUAACACAGGUCUGGACCUUCCUGUUGAUGCUGUGGUGAGACUGGCCCAACACCCUAACAUACUGGGGCUCAAGGACAGCGGAGGAGACGUGAGUCCUCACACACUUACACACACACACACGUUAUCUAUUUAUUUGAUUGAAUGAUGGAUCAAUUACUGACCAUGCUGUCUUGUUUCAAGUUGCAAGUGACUUGACUGACUGACUGAUGGUUGCUAAAAAUGUAAGUUUCCAGGUUUUCCCUGUGGGUUUUCCCGCUGUGUGUGUUUCAUGUAUCCUUUGAACAUUGCAGCAUUUCAAGUUGAUUUGGAACGGUUGUUCAUGUCUUGACUGACAAGAGAAUCAAAAAGAGGACUAAAUAGAGAGGGAUGAAUGUUGCAGGAAAACUCCCUUCAUCUCCUCUUCUGGAGUAUCUCUUCUUCUCACCUGUCAAAACUCUUGUUCCACGCUCUCUCUCUCUCUGUCUCUCUCUCUCUCUCUCUCUCUCUCUCUCUCUCUCUCUCUCUCUCUCUCUCUCUCUCUCUCUCUCUCUCUCUCUCUGUCUAUUUUUCAGUAGUUAGUUAGUGAUGAGUUGUUUGGUACUGCUGGUCUACUGCUGGCUGUGACAGCUCCUCCUGACAACAGUCCUCAUCCUGACAGCAGGAAGGAGUGAUGGGGAGAACACGCUGUCUGCAUCCCAAAUGCCACCCUAUUCCCUAUAUAGUGCACUACUUUAGACCAGAGCCCAAAGGGACGCAUGCCACUUUGUUUCUCUCCUUUUACUUCUCUGUUUGUGAUUUUCUCCUGUCGUUCCUCAGAUCACAAGGAUCGCUCUGAUCGUUCACAAAACGAAGCCGCAGGAUUUCCAGGUUCUGGCGGGUUCCGCUGGGUUCCUUAUGGCGGCGUAUUCCGUGGGUAAGAACUUAGAACCUAGCACACAUACCCUAUAGAUUAGCAUCUGGAACCUAUAACAUAGAAUGUAGAAUUACAAACUUAGAACCCAGAACCUAGAAUUUACAACUGACAUUGACCAUCUCAAUUCCCUCUCUGGUAAUCACUUAGCUGUAUAUCACAGGGUGUAGGGUACAAAAACAUCACUUCUCUCCUAUGCUAGCUAGUACCAACCAACUUUGUAUUGUAUGAAUAUGUGAAAACCUUAGGGGAUAGAGAUAUAUAGAGUAUGAAGCUCAGACUAAUGAGUCGUUCACUCUGUCAGAUUAUACUGUCUCUGUCCUACAGAGCUCUCUCCCUCUCUCUUCUCUCUCUCUUCCCUCUCUCUUCUCUCUCUCUUUCGCUCUUUUUUUUCUCUCUCUCUCUCUCUCUCUCUCUCUCUCUCUCUCUCUCUCUCUCUCUCUCUCUUUCUCUCUCUUUUUUCUCUCUCUCGUUCUCUCUCUCUUCUCUCUCUCUCUUUCUCUUCUCUCUUUCUCUCUUUUUUCUCUCUCUCGUUCUCUCUCUCUUCUCUCUCGUUCUCUCUCUCUCUUCUCUCUCUCUUUCUCUCUCUCUCUCUGCUCUGACAGGACUCGUCUCACAUGUACAUAGGUGAAAUAUGAUCAUAAUAGUCUGAUGGUGUGUGUGCUGCAGCUGCAGUAGUAAUAUAGAUGAUCUGCAGAGAGGAGGAGUUCAAGUACAGGAUGACUAAUAUAAUGUGACUGGGAUCUGGUGGGUGUGUCUGUACUGUGUGUGUGUGUGUGUACGUUUUGUGCAUGCAUGUGUUAUCUGGUGUGUGUCUGUGCGUGUGUGUGCUUGUGUGUGCCUGCGAUGUUGAGCUCCAGAGCUCCAUCUCCCUGAGGGAGGGGGCGUGCCUUAUGGCUGUCAAUCAAAAUGCAUAUUUAAGGAAAUCAUAUGGGCUGUCAGUCACACACACCACACACACACACAUUGUAGGAAUAUGAAGGAGCAUGUCACGUGUGAGUGUUAAAGCUAUGUUUCAGAUCAAUAAUACUGUCAAGUAGUCCCUUUAAAAGGACCCAGCUAAUAGUGUGUGUGUGUGUGUGUGUGUGUUGCAGGUUGUGUGGGCGGUGUGUGUGCGCUGGCCAACGUGCUGGGUCGUGAGGUGUGUGAGCUGGAGCAGCUGUGUGUGUCGGGACGUUGGGAAGAAGCCAGAGCUCUGCAGCAGCGCCUCAUAGAGCCCAACACUGCUGUAAGUCAAGCUACAUAACCCCAUGUAACCCUACAUAAGAGUUGGCAUAGUGACUUCAUGACCACUACAUAGCCCUAAGUAGCAUAAGAGUGACAUAGAGAAGGCAAAGACAUAGAGCUCAACACUACUGUGAGUGAAGCUUCAUAACCCUACAUAGCUCUAUGUAACAGUGACAGAGCCAAACACUGCCGUAAAUCAAGCUGCAUAGCGCUACAUAAUCCUACAUAAAAGUGCCAUAACCCUAUAUGACAGUGACAUAACCCUACAUACCCCUACAUAGGUGUGACAUAGAGACCAGCACAGCUUUGAGUGAACCUACAUAGCCCUAAAUAACCCUGCAUAAUGUUGUCACAGAGCUGUGAGUCAAGCGACAUUACCCUACGAUAGUGAACUAGACAGGUCCGGUAGUGUCUGAACAGAAAGCUACACUGCCCUACGAACAGGAAAUGUGACAUAGGAACAGGGUUAAGUUCUUGGCAUAACAUCCCCUCUUCUCUCUGUUGUUGCUAGGUGACCAGAAAGUUUGGCGUUCCCGCCCUCAAGCAGGCGAUGGAGUGGUUUGGUUACCACGGCGGCGCCUGUCGCUCUCCUCUUCAACCGCUCUCAGAGGCCGAAUCACAGCAGCUCAGACUGGACUUCUCCACCAAUGGCUGGCUCUGAAGGGGACACGGGGGCAGAACUGAGUAGAAGACAAGGGACUGGGCCUGCUCCAGGUAGAAGUUGGCAUCUAGAAUAGAAUGCGUAGAACAUUAUGGCAUCAUUGACUUGAUUGUGGAUUUCCUUUCU